GGCCGGGAGGCGCAGGAGGCCGGGCUCCGCCUCGGGCGCCGGGUGACGCGACUGGCGCCGUCAUCAUCAUCAUCAUCAUCAUCCCCGCCCCCGCGGCCGGGCCUUGCUCAGCUGUGUUGUAGGCGAGGAAGGCGCGCCCAGGUGUGGCUUGGGAAAGAUGCCUAUAAAUCUGAAUGACGUGAUGCAGCUGCUGUGCCAUAUAUCGGAAGAGCGGAAGAUGAAAGCGGCCAUCAAGCAUUCUGGGCGGGGGGCCCUUGUGGCUGGGGCCACGGCUUUCGUCGGAGGUUUGGUGGGAGGACCACCUGGUAUAGCUGUAGGUGGUGCCGUUGGUGGCCUGCUUGGUGCCUGGAUGACCAGCGGACAGUUUAAGCCCAUCCCUCAGAUUAUAUUGGAAUUGUCUCCAGUGGAGCAGCAGCGACUUUAUGACAGAGCCUAUGCGAUCAUCAGCAAUUUAGACUGGACCGAUACGGCACAGCUCAUAGCCCUUGUCAUGGGGAAUGCAGCCAUUCAGGAGAGGUUGCUGGCCAUGCUGACAAAUUAUAUUACCAAUGAGCUUAAGGCUGAAAUCCAGUAUGGACAAUAGGUUCUGCUAUGAAUUUGAGUGUAUUUUGAGGUGGGUUCUUUUCGCGGGGAGGGGGUAGCACAGCAGACAAGUUUAUUGUGGCUGUACACCAUCAAGCCAUUUCUUGUUUAUGCCAACCUUAUUAAUUCAUGGCCUCCAGAAGGUCCUGUCAUUAACAUGUGACAAUGAAGGAUAUUUUAAAACUAAUAGGAUUUGCUCCUAGUAGUAAAUAGAUUGCUAUUAGUAGAUUCCUACUAAUAGGUUACUGCGAGUACCAAAAGCAAUAGUAGUAAUACUGAUAUUGCGAUUAGUAUCUCAGAUUCUAGUUGCAAUAUUCAUGCUAUUGCUAGAGUACUAUUCAUUAGUAAUAAUGAGACUUUGGCAAAGUGUAAUUCGAUUUCCACAUGGACGUCCAAAAUUCCUCAAUAGGAGGCUCAUGUUGUGUUGGAAGAGUGAAUUGAGUUGAUUUGAUGAGUCUCUGCCAUUGAUUUUCUUCUUUCGUUCUGUAUUUCUUCUCCCAAUGUCUCGGUGGCUGCAGCGGUUGCAAGAAACACAGUGAGCACCUCUUACUGAUGAUAGUAAGACAUACUUACAUAAAGAAACGUGUUGGCUUGACCUAAAUACUUGCUAGAACCAGCAGGUAUAUGCUGUUAAGAUGGUUUCCUGAGAAUGGAUCCAUCUGUGUAUCUCUUCGGUUUGCAAAAGUGAAUACUGCCCUACUGGUCUGAUAACAAGGUUCUACUGGGCAUGUGAAGCUUUUCAUAUUAGACGUGGAUAAACUCAAUAUGUUUGAAAUAUUUUUGCAGUGUAAUCUGACUGCAUAGGAAUAAUUUUUGUUAAACAGUGUGAAGCUGUGCUUCUCAGGGUACCUAAAUGUGCCUACCUCUGGGAUUGUGAAAACUCCACAAUAUUUUGUGAGCAGUAACAAUUAUAGUAGCCUUCUCACUUAACGUGAUGUAUUGGCUCCACAUAUGAGUUGGCCAUGGCUUACCUUUGGAUUAUUUAUUCUGUGUUUUUAUAUACUGCUUUUGAGCUGUGAAGGGGUUUCUAAAGCAUCUGCCAUUUGAAACAGUCUUUACAUAGAAACAACAUUGAUGUUUAGUGGCACAUCCUAAGCAAACCUAAGACAAAACUCCCUUUGUUGUGUGGAUCCAGUUGUUACUUCUGACUGGAGUACACCCAUUCAAUCAAGUGAACUUACAGAAGUGUUGCCUUAAUGUGUUCCAUUCAUUCAAUCGGUCUACUCAAAUUUGGACUAACUCAAAUUUCAAUUAUCUCAGUAGUUUUGUCUGGUUCUUGAACAGUUGGGCUGAAGAAUGAAACAGUUUGGAACCCACAGCAAGGCAUUGAUCAGCCUUCCGUAGUCUGCCAUGUGGUUUGGAUGAUGGGAAGGGAAAAUGGCUGUUGUACAUGACACAACUGGAAAGGUACCAGAGAGGGGAAAGCUAUCCAAGGAUCCUUUUUUCCUUUCUGUUUUUCACUGGUUAUGCCGGAUCCAGAACUUGGAAGUCUUUUUUUAAACCACACUUGGCAGAGUAUUUUAUAAUCUGAGAUUGUUUCCCAUUUAGAAAUUUGUUUCUCUUACUAUUCACUCUUGAUCGCUGGGAGGUGGUGGGAGCAUAUUUUUAAAGUAACAAGUCCUAUACUUAAAGAAAGUAUUUUACAUUUAGGUAUUUCCCGUCCCCCAGUUGAAUUAUGAGUUUCUCACUGUGGUCUGCAUUACAUUUGCAGAAGAAUCUACCGCUUAUGAGAAAUAUAUAUAUGUUGUGGAAUUUGGAAAAGUAUAUGGACUACAGCUCCUUGGAAAUGUUCCAUUCCACAAGGGCAGGUACAAGACCCUUGCCUUGGAAAGGUGGCUGCUGGCAAGAGUAAAUGGCAUUGGGGUAUUUGCACAUGUUGGCUGAUGUGGGGCGAAGCAGCUUCAUAUGCAUUAGAUUGCAGAGCAGAAAAGGUCAGGCAAACAGAGUGCGGUCCACUCUUGCCAUGAACAAACCUGAAUUGGUUGCUCUGUUGGACAUACACAGUUGUCUCUCAAGUUGCGAGAUGAGUCUGUCUUUGUUUCUCUGCAUCACUACAUUUUCUACUAUUUUUACUCAAAGGAGCUUCCACUCUGUUUAACAACUUCACUGUAAAACACAGAUGUCCAAAACAAUCAAGCAACUGAUUGCAGCAGUGCUGUGCAUUGAUACCUGAGAGUAAUCUCCAGUGCAGUCGUUGCAUUGUUUGCAUCUAACUGGAAAACACUGGACUUGAACAAAAGGAUCUUCAGCUGACUGAAACCCAAUUGCUGUGUUCUAAUCAAGUGUGCAAACACUACUGUCAUUAAAAGUGUCUUAAAUAUAUACAGCAAA